CCACGCACGACCGCCACCACCGCCAUCACCACGCACGACCAACGCCACCGCCACCACCACCGCCGCUUUCCUCGCAUCCCCAUUCCAACGCCACCGUCACCACCGCCGCCGCUUUCAAAAUGUCCCUACUCGACAAGUACCAACACCUCUCUGCGGAGCAAUGCCGCACGAAGCUGAAAAGAGGAGAAUUUGCGGAAGAAGAGAAGGACAUCAAGGCCAUGGUGCGUGCUAUCACACUGCGUGCAGGAUCGCAUUCUCACCAUUUCCACUUUCCCAGAUCCACUCAAAAGAUCAAGAGGAGGCUAGCAUACCCACAGCCCCAGCUUGCGGCCACUGCCAAGGCGCAGGGAUCGAGUGCAUGCGGCCGACCCUCCAGACCGCCCUCAGGUAUGGAGGUAAAAGCCGCUCCAUUCAGAAAUGCCUUGGCUGCAAGCGGGCUGGGUCAAAGUGCUACACCACCAUCGAGGUGGAUAAGAAGAGCGUGCCAUACGAGACGGAGUUGGCAGCGAGUGCUUCGCACCGGGUGGGAUUGGUCAUCAAGUAAGUUCAAUGCUGCGCAGCAGGCGCAUACAUGCACUCAUGCAAGUGAUCACUCUGCAGCACCAACAAUAGCGAGAUGUUUUGGGUAAAGCGGGCUCUAAAAAUUGCAGAGGAAGACGGUGCAGAUGCAGAAGGCCAGGAGGAAGAGGAUGACGUGUCGGACAGCGAGCUGCAGAGAAUCUCUGCAAGGUCGCCGACAUUGAAGCGCUCCUCGAUGGCCCUCACUUCCUCCUCGCCCAGCAAAAGGGUGCGCAAGGAGGAUCCCACGAGCAAGCUGCUGCAAUGUGCCAAGAUUGCAAGCCAGCGUGGCAAGAAAGACCUUGUUGAUGUCUUUUUGGAGGAAGCAGUGAGGCCGUACAAAGCGUGUCUGAAAAAUGGAG